AUGCUCGACGCAGAUGACAGCAACCGACCUGAACGUCGCUCCGCUCUGAUUGCACACGAACUAUCCAGGUUGGAUGUCGAUAUUGCUGCCCUUAGCGAGGUCCGAUUCCAUGAUGUAGGCAGCCUCCAGGAGCAUGGCGCCGGUUACACCCUCUUCUGGUCAGGGAAACCUGCAACAGAAAGGCGCCUCUCAGGCGUCGGCUUCAUGAUCAGGACCUCCAUCACCUCCAAACUGGAAAACCUGCCAACCGGCCACUCCGACCGCACCAUGUCCAUGCGCCUCCCUCUGAAGAACGAACAGUAUGCCGCGCUCUUCAGUGUGUACGCCCCGACUCUCCAAGUUGAACCUGCAGAAAAAGACAGGUUCUACUCGGAGCUCCGCGGCCAUAUCCAAAGCAUCCCUGCAGACGACAAGGUAAUAAUCCUCGGCGAUUUCAACGCCAGAGUAGGUCAAGAUGUAGAUGCCUCAAAAGGAGUUCUUGGCAGACACGGCGUUGGAAACUGCAACGACAAUGGGCGCUUGCUGUUGGAGCUUUGCACUGAGCAGCAACUGGUCAUCACCAACACCAUCUUCCAGCAAAAGGACAGAAUGAAAACAACCUGGAUGCACCCUUGGUCCAAACAUUGGCACCUCAUAGACUACGUCCUAGUGCGCCAAAAAAGACCUCAAGGAUGUCCUUCACACCAGAGUGAUGCCCAGCUGCACUUCAAACCCAAACCAAGGAAGGGGGGGCCCCCCACGAAAAAGUUCGAUCUCGAGAAGCUUCAGUCAUCUGAAGUGAAAGCUGACUUUCAGGCAGACCUACAGUCCAAGCUUGAGAGCGUCGACUGCCGCAAAGACCCCUCACCUGAAACCCUCUGGGAUCAACUGAAGACUGCCAUCCUGCAAACAUCUGAAGAAGUUCUUGGGUUUACCACCAAGAGGAACAAAGACUGGUUCGAUGAGAACAACCAAGAGAUCCAGGAACUGCUGACGAAGAAGAGGUCAGCCCAUCAGGCCCACCUGGCUCAGCCAUCAUGUCCUGUGAAGAAAGCUGUCUUCCGUCUCAUUUGCAGCAACCUCCAGCGCAAGCUUCGAGAGAUCCAGAAUGAAGGCUUCUAUGAAGCCCUAAAGGUAGUAUAUGGUCCUACUCACCACGUCCAGAGUCCUUUGCGCAGUGCAGAUGGCCAGGUGCUCUUCACAGACAAAACUUCCAUCCUGAGCCGUUGGUCUGAGCAUUUUCAGGCCCUCUUCAGCGCUGACCGCGUCGUCCAGGACUCAGCAGUUCUCCGCAUUUGUCAGAAGCCAGUCAUAGAGGAAUUGGAUGAACUACCAUCUAUAGAAGAAAUUUCAAAAGCCAUAGAGCAGCUGAAGUGUGGCAAGGCAGCAGGAGUUGAUGGGAUCCCACCAGAGAUCUGGAAAGAUGGGGGACCAACACUACACAGCAAGCUCCACGAACUCCUUGUCUGUUGUUGGGAGCAGAGCAAGCUUCCAAGAGACCUCCGUGAUGCAGUCCUUAUCACUUUGUACAAGAACAAAGGAGAAAAGUCGGACUGCUCAAACUACCGGGGGAUAACAUUGCUCUCUAUCGCGGGAAAAGUCUUCGCCCGAGUGCUUCUGAACAGAUUGCUACCCACCAUCGCUGAAGACCACUUCCCAGAAACCCAAUGUGGAUUCAGGACCAACAGGGGCACCACAGACAUGGUGUUCGUCCUCAGGCAGCUCCAAGAGAAAUGCCGGGAGCAGAACAAAGGGCUGUACGUGACUUUUGUGGAUCUGACCAAAGCGUUUGACACUGUGAGCAGGAAGGGGCUAUGGAUGAUCAUGGAACGCCUUGGCUGCCCCCCAAAGUUCCUCAGCAUGGUCAUCCAAUUGCACAAUGAUCAACACGGCCAAGUCAGGUUGAACAGCGACCUCUCUGAGCCCUUCCCCAUCGUCAAUGGCGUGAAACAGGGUUGUCUUCUGGCACCUACACAGUUCAGCAUCUUCUUCAGCAUGAUGCUCAAGCAGGCCACUGAGGACCUUGACGAUGACGAAGCUGUGUACAUCCGCUACCGCCUUGACGACAGUCUGUUCAACCUCAGGGGACUGCAUGCCCACACAAAGACUCUUGAGCAGCUGAUCCGUGACCUCCUCUUCGCUGACGAUGCUGCCCUCGUUGCCCACACCGAAAGAGCCUUGCAGCGCCUAACAUCUUGCUUUGCAGAGGCUGCGCAGCUCUUCGGACUUGAGGUCAAUAUGAAGAAGACAGAGGUCCUCCACCAGCCUGCACCCCGGGAAGAAUACCGCCCUCCUCACAUCACUAUUGGCGAGACUGAGCUGAAAGCAGUUCACCAGUUCACCUACCUGGGGUGUACCAUCACAUCAGAUGCCAAGAUCGACAGGGAAGUGGACAACAGAUUAGCCAAGGCAAACAGCGCUUUCGGCAGACUCUACAAGAGAGUCUGGAAAAACAGACAGCUGAAGAAGGGUACGAAGAUCAGUGUCUACAGAGCCGUCAUAAUCACCACCCUGCUGUACGGCUCCGAGUCAUGGGUAACAUACCGUCACCACCUACGACUCCUAGAGCGCUUCCACCAGCGCUGUCUCCGCACCAUCCUCAACAUCCACUGA